AUGAGCGCCAUCACCGUGAACCCGGUCCAUCCAAACCCAAAGGACUCCAUUCGAUCAACAUGGCGCCGCCAAGACCGAAGUCAAUGGUCCAUUUACCAUUGGAUAUAUGAAUGGGGAGAUUUACAUGCCGUGGACCUGGACCGCAAGGUGCCAGUGUUUGCAAAAAACGACAAAAUACCAUAUAUCCCAGAUUGGUAUCUUCAGCGUUUUAUUAUUUUCUACUCUGCUUUGCCCCUGGUUGUCCAUCAGCUUUUUACCCAUUUCUCGGGAAUGAAUUUCCAUCCUGUGGUGGCUUAUAUAUACUAUUAUCUUGCCGGCCGAUUUUUUCUUUCUCGUGAAAUACUUACGAUGCGAGAGCUUGGCCACACUUAUGGGUUCCUCGAUGGCGACAAACACGAACGCGACGGAGUUCCCGACGUGGGCGUAAAGAAAGCCCUUUUAUCUAUCAUGAUGGCAGCGAUGGGGCGUCCAUUGAUGACGGUGCUUUUGACGUACAACGCCAAUGAGGCCCCUUUGUCUUCGAUAAACUGGAAGUCCCUUCCCAUAGAAGCCAUCCUGUAUGGUAUCGUCCUCGACUUUUGGUUUUAUUGGUAUCAUCGGAUUAUGCACGAGGUGAACGGGCUGUGGAAAUAUCACCGCACUCACCAUCUAACCAAGCACCCGAACCCGUUGCUUACCAUCUACGCGGAUCACGAGCAAGAGCUUUUUGAUAUCUGGGGAAUCCCAUUGAUGACCUUUUUCAGUAUGAAAUUCAUGGGUUUACCGAUGGGGUUUUACGAGUGGAUUAUCUGUCAAAACUACGUUGUGUUCUCUGAAAUCGCGGGCCACAGUGGCCUUCGCCUGCAUGCAGCAACGCCAAAUCUUACAACGUGGUUGAUGAGAAUGUUCAACGCCGAACUGGUCAUCGAAGACCACGAUAUGCAUCAUCGCAGGGGCUGGAAGAACAGCUUUAACUACGGAAAGCAAACUCGCAUCUGGGAUCGCAUUUUUGGUACUUGUGCGACACGGAUAGAGAGCGUCAAGGAGAAUGUUGACUAUAGUCAUCCAGUACCAUUUCCUCUCUUUGGAGUGAAAGUCCGUGCUUGA